GAAGCAUCCGAUGAAGCGAGCGCGGAGCCGCGGGGAUGGCCCCUGGGCUGCCCCGGCUUGGAAACAUGAUUCGAAUCCCUCCAAGAGCCCCUCUCCUCCUUGUCAGGGAGAUCAAACCCUCGUUGCCCAGAAGAAACCCUUCUCUCGAUCCCCCUCUUCAAUCCCGUCUCCUCCUCUUUUUCUAUACCUCGGAGCCCCUCCAAGAUGCCGCCGCCCCUGCCGGCGACGAUCUCGCUCGGGAGAUCUCCGAUAUCCUCCGCCACACCACCAACUGGAAGCCCGCCAUGGCUGCCUCUGGCAUCCCCAGCAAGCUGACCCCGGCGGCCGUCUCCGCCGUCCCCACCGCAAGCAGGUGCUCGAACCCAAAUGCCUCGGAUUUCUUCUAGUGGUCCGGAUCCCAAAUGGCUUCUCCCCAGAUUUUGGAUUCUUUCUCGAUUCUUGCCGUCACUCUCUGUAAUUCCGGUCAUUUCCCCUCGCCAGUGCUCUUCUGGGGCGGAUGAUGAAGACCAAUUCCCCGGCUUCCUCCAUUUUAGAUUCUAUAGUCGAUAGCUUUACCCGCAUUGAAGGAUCCAAUUCGGCAGUCUUCGACGUGCUGGUUGAUACUUGUAACAAGAUGGGCAUGCUGAAGGAGGCUGCCGUAGUGGUUUUAUUGAUGAAAGGCAGUUGCUUUGCACCUAGUUUGAGGUGUUGCAAUGCACUGCUGAAGCAUUUUUUUAAGAGUGCAUAUUUUAAGGUUGGUGAUAUUGAUUCAGCGAAGAGGGCCUUCUUUGAGAUGAAGGAGAAGGGUUGCAGACCGAGUGCUGUGACAUAUAAUGCAUUGAUAACUGGGUUUUGUAGAGUUGGAGCUCUCGGCGAUGCUUUUGAGUUUGGAGGAGCAGAUGGUGAGGAAAGGACCAGUUGCCGAUGGUUUUACAUAUGGUGCGCGCUUAUCAAUUGCUUGUGCAAGAAUUGCAAGUCCAAGGAAGUAAGGCAAUUGUUGGAUGAAAUGUCUCGGUUGGGUCUAAAGCCUGAUAUCAUCUCUAAUAAUCUCAUUCGCGGAGUGUGUAAAAUGGCUAAGAUGGAUAAGGUGCAUGAGCUCUUGAGGGCAUUUCUGAGAACAGGAUAUGCAGAGGUGUUUCAAUUGCUUGAUGAGACGAAGAGGCAGAACAUGUCACCUAAUCUGUACGCUUACAGCAUGCUGAUUAAUUGGUUGUGCUGUUGUGGAGAGUUGAGGCAGGCUAUUGGUUUGUUGGAGGAAAUGGUUGCAAGGGGUUUCGAGCCUAAUGUAGUCAUUUACGCUGCUCUAAUUGUAGAAGCAUGUGAGACUUUAGAUAAAAUGACCAGAAGAAAUAUUUCCUCUGAUGCAUUUUGUUACAAUUCUCUUAUAAUGGGUCCAUGUAAAACAGGAAAAAUUGAAGAGGUAAUGAGGUGUUUUGCUCAAAUGCUUGAGAGAGGAUUGUUGCCUAAUACAUUCACGUAUGGGGCCCUCAUUCAUGGGUAUUGUAUUUCUGGGGAUAUGCAUGAGGCAGACAAGUAUUUCCAAGAGAUGCUUAGUCGAGAUGUAAAGCCUAAUUAUGCCAUUUAUACAAACCCUAAUGAUGUUGCAAAGGUCUUCUCCACACUUCACUCCAUGUUAGGAAGUGGCGUGCUACCAGAUGUGCAAACAUAUAGUGUUGCUAUUGACAGCCUUUCAAAGAGAAGGAAGAUGCAAGAGGCUUUCCAAAUCUUUUCGGUGCUUCAAGGGAAAGGAUUGGUUCCUGAUGUGUACACUUAUAGUUCACCUGUCUUUGGCCUCUGUAAAAUAGGUGACUUAGAACAGGCUUUACGUCUCCAUGAUGAAAUGUGUGGCCAAGGUGUGGAGCCAAAUAUUGUUACCUAUAAUGCUUUGAUUGAUGGGCUUUGCAGGUCAGGUGAUUUGGAGAGUGCCAGAAAGCUUUUCAGUAUCAUCUUGGAGAAGGGUUUGGUGCCAACUGGUGUGACAUAUACUAUAAUGAUCAAUGGCAACUGCAAUGCAGGAAAAAUCUCUGAAGCAUUUACAUUAUAUAAUGAAAUGCUGUCGAGGGGAAUCUUGCCAGAUAAUUUUGUCUGCAAUGCUCUUAUUGGUGGAUUCUGCAAAGUUGGGAACUUGGAGAGAGCUCUUGAAUUGUUUAAUGAAAUGUUGUUGAAAGUCUUUGCAACUGUGCUUGCUUUUAACACUUCGAUUGAUGGCUUUUGCAAGCUUGGGAAACUGCAAGGAGCAACUCAAUUGCUGCAAGUGAUGUUGGACAAAGAUAUUAUGCCCAACAACAUAACCUAUGCAACCUUGAUUGAUGGGAACAGCAAGGCAGGAAAGAUAAAGGAGGCAUGCCGACUAUUCUCAAAGAUGCAGGAAAGGAAUCUCAUGCCCAAUGCAGUCACUUAUACGUCACUUACUGAUGGGCACAACAGAGCAGGAAACAUUUCCGAAGCAUCAGCAUUGUUCAGAGAGAUGAUGGAUAAGGGUUUAGAGCCUGACAAGGUAACUUGCCACGUAAUGAUUAAUACAUUGUGUAAAGAAGGAAACUUUGAUGAGGCCUUCAAGUUGCAGGAUGCCAUUCCUGCAAAAAGCAUGCUGCUGAGCAGUGCCAUGAACAUUGCACUGGUAAUGGCCGUUGCAGAUGGGGAAAUUUUCUGAAGCAUUGAAGUUAAUGAAUGAAAUGGAAGAGCAAGGAAUUAAACCUGAUAAUGUUCAAUCCAUGACACUUAUUCAUGGCUUUCGCACAACAGGAUUCAUCAAUGACAAUCAGCUUUUGAAGAUUAUGUUAGGUAACAGUUGGCUGCCUGAAGGUGCUAUUUUGAGCAGUUCAGUUGAAGGGUGUAAAAAAAUGGUGAAUGCUGAGGAAGCUAGGUAGUCUUGAAGCAUAAAUAGCCAAGAGCAUUCUGUUUGUGCAUAGUAAUUUACAUUGGAACAAUAUAUAGUCCAUCUUCUUCAUAAUUUUGUUCACACAAGAUAGAUAUCCCAGGUUGAGAUGCAAAAUUAGAAGCAUAAAUGCUUUGGGGGCUAUUUAAUCAGCAGAUACAUUUGUUUAGGUGCCUUUUGGUGCCCUGCACUUUUGCUUAUUUUGCAGCAGUAUGGCUCUCUCAGCUCUCUCAUCAUGCAUGAAUUGCUGUUUUUUAUGCUUCAUGAUGGACUGUACUACCACUGAAGAUGUUAAAUGAGGCAGUUUGCAUCUGGUUUUUGCUGUUCUUCGAAGCACAGCUUUGUGCUAUGAGAAUGAUGAUUCUGAUUGUCCAAAGAGCUUAAAAUUUUCUGGAAAAUGCUGCUUCAUUGAGUGCAUGUUACAAAGUUGGAUGCAUCAAAUGUCUACAAUAUCACACUAGCAGCAUCAGCUUGUGUUCCGAAACUGCGGGACCAAAUUCCAAAACAACGGAUCGACAAACAGUAUGGAGAACAGUCACUCAUGUGCUGCAGUACCUGUUGUUUCUGGAAAAAUAACCUGACAAGUAUUAGAUGAAGGGAAGAAGAUUGACGGACGAAGCCGAGGAGCUGUAGUCAAGAAUGGAGGUUUCAGGAUAAGCUGAAACCAUGUCCUGGGGGGCAAAGGACUGUUCUGCAAGGCUUGGAUAAUCUCCCUGAAACCAAGCUUUUGGAGGACUCUUGAGAUGGAUCUCUUGCUAUUUAUAACUUUUGAUGGGAUUUGUAUAAGGAACUCAUUACUCACCAUAGGAUGGCAAGAUAGAUUUUUUCUUUUGUACAAGGAACCAUUUGUAUAAGAAGGUGGUUCGAUUUUCUUUUUGAUAUUUUCCCUUUUUCUUAU